GUCCGCCGUCCCUCGUUAUCCUUUGUCACCCGUUCACGGUCGCCCUCUUGGUACGAGGACCAUCCAUCUGAAGCGCCGGACCACGGACUCUUACAGCCCAUCUUUUGGCCCCCUGCCGACACCCAGAACCUGCCGUCCGCCUCUUUUACUCGUUCGAUUUCCUCAUUUUCUCGAAAGUCAGAAUUCAACAACAUUAUACCACAAUGCCUUACCUCGCCGCUCGCGAUCCCCUCGCGGACGCGAAGGAGGCGCUUUCGUCAUGGGACAAGUGCAUGGACAAGUCCUGGUGCAAAUGGCCAGUGAUCGCUGUCAUAAUCAUAGGCACUAUCAUCGCUCUCUCCACAAUCCUUUGCAUCGUGCGAUGCAUCUUUUGCGGUGCUAAAUGCGCCAUGUGUUGCUGCAGCUGUUGUAGUUGUUGUUCAAGUAGUGACUCUGGUCACAAGCGGAUGAAGAGCGGCGAAAACGGUCCCUAUCCACAAGGCUACAAUGGCCCUCCCAUUCCUCCUCCAGCAAUCGACAACUACUCCAUGAAUCAACAAUACCGCGCCCAUGAUGCCCCGGCUUUCCAACCCGGCGCUCCUCCAGACGUUCCCCAGUACGCCAGGUUCUCGUCGCCGAGCAAGCCUGUGAACGAAGACGCCCUGCCUGCGAUGCCGAGCUAUAGCGAUGCGAAGGUCAGCUAUGUGGAGGAAGCUGUGCCAGAAAAGCGAGGCGAUAUGGAGAUGCACAGGUUGGAUCACAACGGCAGCACAACAGGAGUCGCACCUUACGGAGACAUGCGGAAGUCUCCUUUGCAGCGUUCGCAAACCCAGGAUUCAUUUGGAUUUCCUCCCAGCUACCAGAACCCCACUGCCGAUGGGUCGUAUGGCCAGAAUGAUGGGUUCGUCAGUGCAGCACCCCACCGCAGCCCGCACCCUAGCCCAGGGCCGUACGGCUCGCAGAACAGCUACGAUGCGCAACCGACAGGAUACCGAGGCCCUUCGCCGCUCCAAAACCCAACAGCAGCCUAUGGUGGCUACGGGUCAAACCAGCAGUAUGGACAAUCACAGGUUGGGUUAAGGCACAGCCCAGCGCCACCCAGUCCAAGCAAUUACGGGGAUGAUUAUGGCUUCACAUCGCCCGUUGCAACUCGAGGGGCACCGUAUGGAAUGAUUCAGCACGACAACUACGCCCCAAUAUUGUCCAGCUCGCCAUCACCCGGUUACGCACCUACAGGAGCAUCCCGAUUCGAGCCACCGCCCCCCGUUCCAGCCUACUCCGGGCAGCAAAAUUAUGGACACUCUGCCGGGGCUCGACAAGGUCCUUACGGAGGUUUCUAGCGGUGGUAGUACCGACUCGGUCGAGAGGUGCUAGAACAAAGUUUCGGAUCUAAUUUUGUGCAUGUACGGAUAGUUUGCUCUGCGGAUUCUGCGCCAUCACUACCCUUCAUUCUGUUUUCAUCAUAGAUGCAUAGCGACGGCGUUACGGGGGAGACUCCUCAUUUCUAGUUUUGGUCAAAUUGUCGACGACAUGCCCUUACUUCGCUGCAUUUCUUAGAGUUUUCCUAAAUCAUCAUCAUCUAUAGCAAGCAAACGCGACAGCUCAGCGUUUUGUGAAUAUCACACAUCUCCACGCCUUAGAAGGCUCUAAAUAAAUAGAUACAACUUAUUUAUACAGCACACCUGGUUAGUAAAUGUUAUAUAUGACAUAUCAUAUAUUCUU